GGGAAAUAAAGUGAAAGUAGGGAAUAUGCAUCUACAUUCAGUUAUUUAUUUUGUUUUCAUAACAAUUGUUGAUAAGUAGAUAUGUAAUUUCUUGGAUAUCUGAGAGAUAAUGUUUUGUUGGAUGACAAAAUGAAGAAGCAGGCAAAUAGAAGGGAUUUCAUAUCAGACAGUUCCUCUAGUGAUGAUGAAAGUCUUCCAGAACUGGGUAGUCUUCGAGACAGGCUGGCAAGGAAAAGACAGUUCAGUGCCUUGUCUUCAUGUGCUAGUAGUACCACUGAGCCAGUCUUGCAAGAGUCUGAACCUGGCACCAGUUAUACAGAGGAAAUAAGGAAGCCAGAUAGUGAAUCCUACAGUUGCACUUACACUGCACCAUCAACAGAUACUAAUUACACAGACAACUUCAGUGAUAGUUCAGGAGACGAAGCAGAAAAGCUGUCACUCUCUCAGAUAAUAGGAAACUCCGUAGAGACUGAGGAAGUAGACACUGAACCAAAUACUGAAAAGUCAGCUGAUAUUGUAAAGCCUCCAGGAAUUGGUAAAUCAAUGGACGUCGGUAAACCUGAACAAGUUAAAGCAAAGAAGAAAAGAACUGCUGAAGAGAUAGAAGAGAGCAAAAGGAAAGCUCAGGAGAAGAGGGAAGAGCGAGAAAAACAAAAGGCAGCUAAAGAAGCAGAAAAGCAAAUGAGAAAAGUAGAGAGAGAAUCCAAGAAGCAGUUUGCUGUGGGAUCAUGUUUGAAGUAUAUUAAAGUACUGAUAGACACCCAUGUGGUGAAUACCUGUGGGCUGGGAGUGGUUCUGUUCAAGGCGUGUGAAGAACUAGGGGUUACAUGUGAAACAAAAGAGCUUCCGUUACCAUUUACAAUCAUGUGGCGUAGACAAGUCACAGAGUGCAAUAUGUCAGCAGAUAUGAAGGUAGAGACAGUUCACAGUGAUAUCGAGGAGCAAGAAAUGAUGGCUGUGAUACCUGUCACAGACUUUGUACAUAUGGUCAACACUUUCAAACUGAAGCAGAGAGGUCAGCUUAAUGAAGGUAUUACAGUAAGAGGUUAUGUCAACCAGAUGAAGUCCUGUCUACCAGACAAAAGUAUUACAAUAAUUGUACCAGGGCUUGAACAGUACUUUAGGGAUGUGAAAUCUAAGACACAGAGACAGUACAGAGAAGCAGUCCAGUCUGCUAACCCCAACCAUAAAAGUAAACCAGGCAAAGAUAAACCUGGACUGGUUACAGUUUCUCGUGUUGAUGUAGAGGAAGCAGUCACAGAUACCCUGCUGCAGACUGGUUGUUCCACGUUUAUGCUAGAAACCUCUGAAGAUGUGGCAGACAUGGUCAGAAGGUUCUCUAAAGCUGUAGCUGAAAGACCUGCUAAAAAGGACAGAUUUGAUCCUAUAUUCUCAUUCCAUGAGGAGGGAGUAGGUGGGGUGAAGGUGGACAAGAAUGGUGUUGGUUUGCUGAAAGUGUGGAAACAGCAAUUGUUACAGUUUAAGAACAUCAGUCCAGAUAUCUCGCAGGCAAUCAUAGCUGAGUAUCCAAGUCCAUUAUUACUGAGGAAGGCAUACCAGAGAUGUUCUUCAGAAAAAGAGGCAAUAAAACUCCUUGAAAAUAUUGUGGUGAGGAGGGGAGCUGGGGUCCUAGAAACAACAAGACGAGUUGGGAAGGAACUCUCGCGCAGAAUUUAUACUUUUUUUACAAGUGAAGAUCCAGGACUGAUUAUCAAAUGAACAUGUUGGCAUAAUAAUAUCGGAUGGACUGGUUUUUAAAUACAGCAUUAAUUUUCCAGACUGAUUCUAUUCUUGCAGUAAGAGAUUGUCCAAAGUGGGUAUUGAUAUGACCGUAACAUAAUUAUACAGAGAUCUGAAAAUGUCAACUCAUCGAGUAGAGAUCAUUUGUAACGGACAGGUAGUGAAUAAUGAUACCAGAUAGGACUGAAUAUUAAUGAUAAACUAAGUACAUACAAUUUUGUGUUUAUGCUUGAUUAUGUGUUUUACUGAUACUUCAUAAAAUACUGAUAAGUCUUAUUUUAAUGUGUAUAGUGUAUAAAACUACUUUGUUAAAAUACCUGGGUUUCUCCAGAUUUAUAUCUUUUUUGUUUUGAAAUUUAGAAAAGGUUUUCUUUUGUAAUUGCAAUUACAAUGUAAUUUCAAAGUGCUUCUAUGCAUUUUUGGAAUUCAUCUUUAAGUUUUAUAAAAAAAAUAAUAAAGUAUUUGCAUGUCCCUUUAUUAAAGAUAUUGAAUAGAGACUUUUAGAUAAUUCAAAGUGCUUUUACCAAUGCAUGCAUUAUUGAUUAAAAAUGAUAUCAAUAUUGAACAUUUGUUUCUGCUCAUAGACAUUUGCUCCUCUAAACCACCUCAUGUUAACCUCAUUUGCUCAUGCUCUGGGUAUCCACAUUGCCCUGUGCUCAAUACUUUGGUUAAAUUUUACCACAUUGCUCACUGCUCGGGUCAGUAUCAUCAUCAUCCAUACCCCUGUGUUCACUACUCAGGUAAGCUCCAUCACUCUUACCACUGAGUUCUUUCAUGGUUCUACCUUUGUGUCCAUCCGUAUGAUUGAAGUUGCACCAGGGGUCUUCCUCCACCACUGAGGAAGUAGUAUUCCAUAACAUUUGUAUGUGGGCAUUGUCAACCAGUAUGGAU